AUGGAGAACGGAAACCAGAAGAACCCCACGGUAAUUGAUGUCCUCAACUCUCUGUUGAAGGCGCAAACAGGCCAGGAAGUCUCUGAGCAAAAUGUCGCCCAACUCCUCAUCAGCAACAUGACGACACUACUGAAACGGUAUGCUGAUCAGCACAAGAAUAACCCUACUGUACCCUCUUCGACGGGGACACCUACGGCUUCUACAUCGGCUGCUACACAGUCAAAUCAUCCAGCGUUCAAAGGAGCGACAGACUCGGUGCCUAAUCUUGCAAACACUCCCUCGGAAACCGCUUAUCCUAUAAGCGCAAACCUCAAUCAUAUAACGAAUCCAGGAGCCGUACAAUGGACACAACCGCGACCGACAGUGACGGGUGGCAUUCCAAGUGGGCGUAUCUCUGGUACCCCUGCGCAGAUUGCUCGACCGGCCGAUGAUUCGACAAUGUUGUCUUUGGAUGACAAUCGAUCACGGCGCAAAAACACACCUGGAGAUCAGAGUAUGCGACGAACAAUACAAGAUUUAGUGGCGAGUGUGGAUCCGAACGUGAAGAUCGAGCCAGACGUAGAAGAUCUACUUUUAUCGAUAGCAGACGAAUUCAUAGAUUCGGUAACAAAUUUCUCAUGCCGACUAGCGAAGCACAGAGGUGGAGAUACGCUGGAGGUUCGUGAUUUACAGCUACAUCUUGAACGAAAUCACAAUAUUCGAAUACCUGGAUUUGCCUCUGACGAAACACGCAUAUCUCUGUCGCAGUCAUCAGUUGCUCCCGUUGCCCCUGCACCACAGGCUAAAAAGAUAACGCAAGGAACCCAUAUGACACUACGGAGUCAGCGUCUAAAUCAAGUCCAGCAGGCCAAGAGAGAGGCCAAGUUGAUGUGAGUGCCUGCGGAGUAGUCAGUAGUACAUCUGGAUGGGCUCAUAGUUGUAUGCAUACAUUUCCUGUAAUACUAUACUGUUAUGCCAGAAUGGCGUAUUCAAGUGUCGUUCCAAUACCCCGCCAUCCGGUCUUAGCACCGAUGGUCUGUGACAUGCGACGCGUGUCUGCUAGAGCCUUGGAGAUGAAGUUGGGGUCAGUGAGGGGGGUCAUAUCAUCGCGCUUUGGAAGACGCUAUGAACAAAUAUCAGCAAAGAACGGCAUUGAAGGAGGGUGAUCUACAUCUUUGAUCACGUCGUAG